AACAAUCUCUGAACUAUGUUCAAACAUUUCUUUAAAUGUUACCGUAUAAACCAAACCGGAUUAAUAUCUUUAAAUUGUAAAUAAAACAUUCUCCAUAUUUAAUAGCGAUCUGUGUAAGUAAACAAUACAUUUCGAGAGUCAAUAUAUAGUCGUUUGCCAGACUUUCUUUUAAGAGUGUUAUUUAUAUUGAGCUAUUUGAUUAAUUGCUACAGAAUAAUGAACUACAGUUUGGACUCUUGUAACCUGAUGACAAUAUACAUGUUUUCUUGUCAUAUACGAUAAAUGUUACGACAAGAGUACGUGAACUUUUACUUGAAUAAAUGAAUGAAACAACCGCAUGAGUUGGAUAUCUCAGUUCGGAGUAAUUUACAGUUAGAAGGCUAAAUCAUUUCAGUGGAAAGAUACAACCAGGAAGAUAAGGUAGAACUGUCGCUACUUAUAUGGCUACGUACAUACGCUAAUGUUGACUGCAGUGACUGCUCACACUUGCCUACGUCAUCACGCCGGGAUAAGACAAGAUACGAGUGCACAGGUAUAGUAAGGGCGACAAAACCACAAAUAUGGAAGCGACACCCAGGAGAGUUCACCUCUACUUAAGUGUUAUAAUCUUGAACAUCAUAUACCUGGCUGUAGGAACUGCGUUCGCCUGGUCGUCACCGAUGUUGAUGAAACUGGACCUGACGCCAGACGAGAGCAGCACCGUCGCCUCUGUCUUGCCUCUGGGCGGUAUGUUGGGCCCCUUCGUGUCGGGUCUGGUGGUGGACAGGUUGGGCCGCAAGAACACCGCGGCCCUCAACAUGGGCUUCAUGACCUGCUCCUUCCUGCUCCUCACAUUUUCUAGGAACGUCACAAUUCUUUCUGUCGGGAGGUUCAUGUCCGGCAUGUCCUGGGGACUCACCUUCUCCUCCCUGCCGAUGUACAUUGCAGAGAUUUCUGAGGACUCUGUCCGGGGUGUACUAAACACGAUUAAUAUGAUCUCAAUCGCCAGCGGGAGUCUUCUCAUGUACGCUGUCGGUCCAUUCGUCAGCUACGAACUUAUUCAUUAUAUCCUUCUUGGAAUCUGCGCUGUAUUCUUCAUGUUAUUCCCUCUUCUACCCAACUCUCCAUACGCUCUCGUCAUGAAUAACCAAGUCAACAGUGCCAGAAAAACGCUUACUUGGCUCAGAGAGAAAAGAUCAACUUCGUGCGUGGAGAAGGAGUUACAAGAUAUCCAGAAAGUAGUGACCAAGAACGAGACAGAUUCUGCAGGAUCAAUCAAGGACUUGUUCACGUCCAGAGGAAACCGUCGAGCACUCACGGUUUGCUGUACGCUUAUAUCCCUUCAGCAGCUGAGUGGCAUUACUGUCGUGCUCUUCUACGUGCAGCAGAUCUUCCAUGCCACCGCCUCCACCAUCUCCAGCAGCACUUGCUCCAUCAUCAUCGGCCUAGUCAAGCUGGCAGCCGGGUUCGUCUGUCCGGUGGCUGUCAAAUCAUUCGGCUACAAGACACCUAUGAUCGUAUCGACUUUUGUUGCUUAUCUGGAUAAGGGCGUCGACAAACACUACAACAAGCAACAUGAAAAGGUCUUCCCUCUCAACCUCGCUAACGCACGGCUGAACAACGUGGGUGACGUGAUCAGAGAAAAUGAGAUAAGUGAGAUCGCCACCCAGUACGACUCCAAGAGUCUUCACCAGUUAACACACAAUCAACUGCAGCCCGGCGGACUGCGGUAA